UACGUCCCUUGGGAAAGAAGAUGGAUCGAAGAUCCUUCUACAGUUCGAAGAUAUGCAAAGGCUGUCAAUUGGGAUGAAACACAGGCAAAGAAGAGAGUAAUUGAUACCCUACAUUGGCGUCGUGAUUUCAAGCCGGAUCUGAUCGUUCCAGAUGAAGUGAAAGGGGAAGGCGAGACGGGAAAACACAUUAUAAGCGGAUUUGAUAAUGCAGGAAGACCAUGCCUAUACCUAAGGCCUGGAAGGGAGAACACAAAAGCAAAUCCACAACAAAUUAGAUUUUUGGUAUUCGAUCUAGAACGUGCAAGUGACUUUUGUCCACCGAAUCAAGACAAGAUUUGUUGGGUUAUCGAUUACCAUCGUGCAACCAAUGCAACACAACCAAGUUUCUCAACCCAGUUAAAGGUAUUGAACAUUCUACAAAAUCAUUAUCCUGAAAGAUUGGGUUCGGCAAUCGUGGUGAACGUGCCUUGGUUCUUGUCUACCUUCUUCACUGCAAUUUCACCUUUCUUAGACCCGAUUACUCGUGAAAAAGUUCAAAUGUUACGUACGCCGGAAAAAGUGAAAGAUUUCAUUCCUGUGGAUAUGCUCGAUUAUGAAUUCGGAGGAUCUUGGAGAUAUGAAUUCGAAUUUGAAAGGUAUUGGAAUCAAGUCUUAGACUUUUGCGGAAUCGCUCAAGACGGAACGAGG